UCCAAAAAAGGGAACACACAGUCUUUAACGUUCAAACAAGCACAGAUUCACACGGACUCCACCUUACAAUCUGGUCACACACAGCACCUGUUGUGGAAUCGAUGGAUUCGGCUCAGCCCUGGAACCAGCCAGCCGGUCAACAUGCUUUUCACUGUCUUUCUGGGAUGUUGAGCCAAAGCUGCUCAGAGAACAUCUUGAAGUUUAUCUGUGAAUUCCAGCCUGGGUCUGUUCCGCCUCAGGCAUCUGGGGAUAAGGAUGAGAUUUACAAUACGGAUUGUCAGUCAGUGUCAGUCAUCCUCCCCACACAGUGCAGCAUCUACCAACUGCGCUUAGGCAUCUGUAUGCUGGCUCAGGAAAAGAAUUGCCAUCCUGACCCACUUGCCAUACUGGAUCCAGAGAAAUACACUCUGCUAUAUGCUAGAGGGGAAGACUGGUAUGAGGCCUAUGAUGACAGUGAGGCUAUCAGGACAUUAGAUAUUCCAUUGUCUCAUGAUGACACUGGGCAGCUCUCAGCACACAUAGUGGUAAAACCACUCUUGGCAGUCGAUUUGGAGGCCAAGAUGAAACAACAGCAGUGCCUGUCUUACCUGACCGGGCACAAUCUUGAAGAAGAAGCAUCCGACAGACUUGGUGAGCUCACAUUCACUCGCAGGAAACUGGCAACCCCGAGAACACAAGAGCUUAAGAAACGGGAUGAUCUGUUAUAUGCCACUGAGCCUUGGGUAACACGUGUCCCCAUUCCAAACGACAUGCAGGACCACCCUAACGUUAAGCUCCCUGUCACCCUUCACUACCUGAGCAAAAUCAGCUUCAGCAUUCAAGUCGAUAUGGAUGCAACACCAAAUGUUCUUUUGAAAGUUUUUCAAAGAGUGAUGGCCAACCAGAAACUUUAUUAUGACUCUUCUCAAAACCUGGUUUUGAAAAUCUGCGGCAGGGAGGAGUUUUUAUCUGGAGAUUACCCACUCAGGGAUUUCCUCUGGGUUAGACAGUGUUUGAAGAACAAACAAGACCUCCACGUCUCUGUGGUCCCGGUGUCACAACUUGUUGAUGAGACUGUCAAGUCUAUUGACUGGCCCCUCAUUGAUGGUUCCACCGGUCAGUUCAGCUCCCAAGAAGACCUCCGCCCCGAGGGAAAGGAUUUGGAAGACAUCUUUAAGAUAUCGUUAUGGGACUGCAACAGACAACUUAGAGUCAAAUUGAUCGGCUUUGAUAUCCCGACACUUCCAAACAAAUGUCCUCAGUCUGUUUAUGUAAGAGCCUCUAUACUUUAUGGCAACAAGGUGCUGUCUUCAGUGUCCUCCGUUUCCAAGAGCUUCGCAGAUGAAGUGCUGUGGAAUGAGUGGUUCGACUUUGAUGUUCUCCUCAGGGACCUGCCACGUGGAUCCAAGCUUAGUUUCACUAUUAAUGCCAGUGAUGGUGACAACUCCAUCGUGAACAGAGAUUCAAACAAAGUACCAAACUCAGAGAGAGGAAAGGGGAAGGUGCUCUACUUUGUGAAUCUUCUUCUCAUCGAUCACAGGUCUGUUCUCAGCCAGGGCCCCUUCACACUUCACAUGUGGUCAAAUCCGGACCAGGAGGAAGAGGCUAUCAACUACCAGGCAGAAAAACUGUCCUCUGCUACUAACCCAGACAAAGCGGACUGCAUGGCUAUCAGCUUCCAUCUCGACCACUACAGCGUCCCUGUUGUUCUCCCAAAUAGAUUUGGCACUGCUGGACACUCUGACAGUCCAACCUCCAGCCUGAACUUGACCAAAUCUACUGCUUCCUCUUAUGCUGUCCCCUAUGGACCCUCUUCACCUCCUUCCACCUCACCCAAUGCGGAUUCUUCCUCUCUGCAUGAAAAUGCUCCACAAGACCCCUUAACUGACACUGUAGGAUCCACACCUCGUGUUGUUCGGACCAAACGAGUCGGUAUGAAAAGAUUCCAGCAGGACAGCUUCUGCAAUGCCUCCAUUCUACCUCAUUACCUGCGCAAUGUUGAUUGGAUGAAUUGCAGAGUGGUUGAGGAUGUGCACUUGCUGGUGGAGACCUUGGACCCUGAGGAACUGGAUGUAACAGUGGCCCUGGAGCUGUUAAGUAUGGAGUUUGCUGAUGUGACCGUCAGGAGGCUAGCAGUCAAGAGAUUGGAGAGCCUUUCCAAUGAUGAUGUAUUGAAGUAUUUGCUGCAGCUGGUGCAGACCCUCAAAGUCGAACCUUACCAUGACAGUUUCCUGGCUCGUUACCUGAUCCAAAGAGCUCUGCGGAGCAAAAGAAUCGGACACUUCUUCUUCUGGUAUGUCCGCACUGAAGUGGCAGGAUGUCCUUACUUCCGCCAGCGUAUGGCUCUGAUUCUUGAGGCCUACCUUUUGGGUUGUGGUCAGGCAAUGAUUGACAGCUUUACCAAACAAGUCCAGGCCGUGGUUUCACUACAGGAGGUUGCCAUAAUGAUCAAAAAAUUAUACCCUGACUCAAAAGACCUUCCUACUGCAGCUCAUCUCAAGGUUCAAGAGCUUCUUAGAGACUGUGAUUUGCCAAAUGAGUUCCUGCUGCCCUUGGACCCCCGCAUUAAAGUCGGGAACAUACUGCUUGACACAUGCAAAGUGAUGGCCUCUAAGAAGAAGCCACUGUGGCUGGAGUUCUGUCCCAUGCCAUCUCCAACCCCUUCUUUACCUGUGGGAAUCAUUUUCAAACAGGGGGAUGACCUCAGACAGGACAUGCUGGUCCUCCAGACACUGGCAGUGAUGGAUUCCAUCUGGCAGGAGAAAUCUCUGGACCUUAACCUAAUUCCAUAUGGUUGCAUCUCAACAGGACACAACAUAGGCAUGAUUGAGAUUGUGAGGAAUGCAGUGACAAUUGCUUCCAUCCAGAGGAACCAUGGAGGAACAACUGGAGCCUUCAGAAAUGAUGCUCUCUUUGAGUGGCUCAAGUCCAAGUGUCCCUUUCAGGAAAUCCACUACAAGAUGGAGAGGUUUGUGAAAUCCUGUGCUGGUUACUGUGUGGCCACCUACGUAUUAGGAAUAGGAGAUCGACACAAUGACAACAUCAUGAUAACGGAUCAAGGAAACCUGUUUCACAUCGACUUUGGUCACAUCCUGGGGAACACAAAACACUUCCUCUGUGUGAACAGGGAGCGUGUACCAUUCGUCCUCACCCCGGACUUUCUCUAUGUCAUGGGCAGAGUCAAAGGUGGCAACAGCCUCUACUUUCAGCAGUUCAUGGACACAUGCACCCAAGCGUACCUCUCCCUGCGCUCCCACUCUCGCCUGCUGGUCACUCUCUUCUCUCUCAUGCUGCUGACUGGCAUCCCAGAGCUGAGUGCUGCAGAGGACAUGCGCUACUUGCGUAAAGCACUUCAAGAGAAACAGAGUGAGGCAGAUGCUAAAGAGCAUUUCCUAAAGCAAAUAUCUGUGUGUGAAAAUCAGGGUUGGAAAGUACAGGCCAACUGGUGGAUCCACAUGGUGGCAGGAAUCAAGUAGACUGUUUGUGGUUUUUAAAGUUAAACUGCUUCAGGACUGAAAAUACAAAACACACAUGUAACAGUUGUUUUGCUUUUAUUGGUCAUUCUUAUUUUAUUUUAGUUGUUGCUUUGUUCUGUUGUUGUAUAUAUGAACCAGAGUUGCAAAUACAUUUUUAUUCAUAUUCCACACGAAGCAAAUCAUACCUGUAGCACUUCUAUAUUGCACCCUAUUGUAAAUGCCCUACCAUAAGUGGAGGGACCACAUUGAAAAUGGCCCUUUUAUCUUUAAAUACAAAUAUAUUGAUAUACUUGUUAAAUGUAACAUUUUCAAAUGGCUGGAGUUCGAUCCAUUGUUAUCUGACACAUGAAAUAUGAUUAAAGAUUUUUUUGGGGGCAUUUUACCUUUACAUAGGACAGCUGAAGAGAGACAGGACAUUUUUGUAGGAGAGUAAGGGUUGACAUGCCGCAAAGGGCCAAGGUUGGAUUCUAACCCACCACUGCUGCAAUGAGAACUACAUCCUCUGUACGUGGAGGGUGCGACAUAACCCCCAAGCUAUCCAGCGACCCGAUUUGAGAUGAUUUGAUCUAAAAUUAUCUUGGGUAGACAGCAAUGUGUAGCACCAGGAACUGUAAAAUCUGAAUUUGUUACAAUGGUGUUCCACAAGGUUCUGUCCUAGGUCCUUUUCUUUUUUAUCUUUAUAUUAAUGGUUUUGUGUCAGUUGUUUCUGAUUGUAAAAUUUAACUUUAUGGUAAUGACAAAAAUUUGUAUUGCACUGCUUAUCAUGCACAGUCUGUGGAGCCUUCUCUGCAAUGCUGCUUGCACUAGGUUAGAUUAGUGCAGAGACAAUUAAAUACAUUUUCCAGAGCCAAACAUAAAAUUUGGAGAAUCUCAUCAUCAAUACUAAAAGUGGCACCAAUAUUGAAGGAGUAACAGUAUAUUAAUACCUCAGUAUUUGGAGUGAUGAGAAGUUACUAUUUUAAAACCAUAUAUCAAAUUUAGUAAGUGAACUUUGUCACACUGUAAAAACUCUGGUUGAGGCAACUUUUUUAUCAGUGUUAGAUAAGAGUGAAAUUUUAUACAGGCAUGCUUCGGCUGCAACUUUAAAACCUGUUGAUGCAGUUUCCAUUCUGCGAUUAAGUUCAUUACAGAUGAUGCUUACAACACUUGUCACUCAAACAUGGCUGUCUUUCUGUUAUGUUUGCAGUUGCAGAAGAUUUGAAAAAAAGUUAUUAUUAUAUGGAACCCUAUUAUUAUCAUUCAUUGUGCAUAACAUUAUCUGUGACCAAAUACAAAUGGUAUUAAAUAAUAUGCAUAAUGAAA